ACGUGCCGUGUUUUUUUUUUAUUCCGUUUAAUUGGUUUUAAUUGUAUUUGAAAUUUUACUUCGCCUGCAUUUUGGAUCUUUAAAACACAAGAAAUGAUGUCCACUGAUGAACCUUUCAUUCCGGAGCACACCAAGCAGGCCUCGAAGGCCGUACUGAUGCUGCUUUUCUACAGCACGCUAAUGUUCACGAUACCUUUUGGCGCGUUCUUCGCCGUACGCAACAUUCUAUUCGAAUACGGCGUCGUGGGGUUCACGAACACCGUGUGGUCUGUGCUCACGGCCGUCAUCUGCGUGAAUUUCAUCAUUUGUUUGUACGCAUACCAGGCCUACCAUGAACAGGAGUAUGACGACGAUGGCAAAGAGAUAAACACUCUUGAGGAAAAGAAAACUGACUGAUGAGGUUUCUCUAUUUCAACAUUCAUCAUUCCCCUCACAUUCGUAUUAUUAUUAUAAAUAGUUUAGUAACAUGUAUUUAAUUGUAAUAAAAAGAUAUUCACGUU